AUGCCACGUAAGCUACGUAAGAAUAUACGUAAGAGGAAGGGAGCAUUGAAACAUCCAAUAGUAAAACUGACACCACAACAACAGUUGCAACAACAAAUGAUGAAUGACCCCACUAUGUUGCAACAAAUGUCAAGCAACCCUAUGCUUUUAAACCGAGUUAUUGGUGCACAGAGUGGAGGUUUAAGAGCGGCACUUUUAGCGAAAAUAGCAGGCUAUGGUGGAGCUGCAGACGGAACAGCUUAUAACCCUCAAAGUCAAAUGAAUUUGAGUUCACUCAAAAAUCAAAUAACAGAUGUCAAAAAGUCAAACAUAGACAUACAGAAACAAAUAAGUGAAAACGAAAAGAAACUAGAAUAUGACAGACAGACAAAGAAACUAAAUGAGUUAAACGUAGAGAAAAAGAAGAAAGAAGAACAACUGAAAGAACUAAGUACAGAGGAAUAUGCGAAAAAAGUGUCAGAAAAAGCAGCAGAAGUAGCAAAAAUGGAACAAGAUGUUAUAAAUUUGAAAAACCAUACUACUCAAUAUAAAGUACUGAAAGAUGAAGAAAUAAAACAAAAAGCCAUGAAGACAUAUAUGGAAAGCGAUGAGUAUAAAAAAGAAGUUGAAGCAAAUGUAAAGGCAGAAAAACUUUUACAGUUGCAAAACCAAACCGUACAGUAUGAAAACUUAGCACAAGAAAGUAAAAAUAACGACGCAGCCAUGCAAAAGGCAAUGAAAAGUGCAGAUAUUAUAAAAGCUAACAAUGACUGGUUAGAUGCCCAAGCCAACGCUAAAGCAGCCCAACUUAUAGGGUCAAUAAGGACAAAAAUACAAGCGGAUGAAGACAGUUCAAAUGAAGCUUUAAUGAAUGCUGACUUUAAGAAUGCCUUCGAAGCUCUUCAUAGUAAGGUGAAACUAGUGAACGACUUCUCAUCUGGAAAGAAACUGAAGUCUGAAGGUUUCGACAAAGAGUUAAGAGAAGUAGCACAAAAUAUGACGAAAAUAACAGAUGCAGCAACGAGACAGGCAGUUCAAAGUGCCUAUGACGCCGUUAGAGCAGCUGUUGUGGAAAGUCAAGAAAAAGAGUUACAACAGACCAAAACAGACCUAGUAAAUGCUUUCUUAAGAAUGAAAAGUCAGGUAGGACAUUAUGCUGCAGAUGGAACAUAUGGGCCAGCUGGUGGAACUUAUAUACCACCAAACCCUCCAAGAGAAGCACCUGCACCAGGACUACCUAAAACAUUUACAUCAUCACAUGGACACAGACACAGGCAUGCACCACAACAACAACCAACACAACAACUAACAGUUCAAAAUCCAGCACCACAACAACAACCAACAGUUCAAAAUCCAGCACAGCAACCAACAGUUCAAAAUCCAGCACAACAACCACCGCCACAACCAGCACAACAACCAACAGUUCAAAAUCCAGCACAACAACCACCUCCACAACCAGCACAGCAACCAACAGUUCAAAACCCUGCACAACAACAACCACAAACAGAGCAAGGACAUAAAAGAAGUAGAGAAAAAGGAAACCAAGAAUUCUCAAAAAUGCUUAAGGAAGAUUAUGGUUACCCAGAUACUCUUGACUUUAGUGACAGAUAUAAAGAAGCUAUUAGAAAGUUCAAGGAAGGAAAUACUGACCCGAACCUAUUUAGCUUUAUGGUUCAGCAUCAAAUCGGAUAUAAUCUCAAACCUGGAAAAUACUAG